GUCUCAGCCUGGCGGGCUGACGGGGAGGAGUGGUUGUGAAGACCAUCUCCCCAGUCCCUCUAGGCCUGGCCUCCCUCCGCUGCUUCUUCCUCACCCGGCUGCCGCUCCCAGCCUGCAAGGGUGGGGAGGGCGAGAGCGGCGCCGGAGGAGAGUGCGAAGAAGGCAGGAGCGCGCAUGGCGAUGGCAGGCGCGCGGCGGCUCCCCGCUGGAACGCGCGCGGCGGCCCGGCGCUGCUGCUGCUGCCUCCGACCGGGCGCGCGCCCCGCCCCGCCCCCGGGCCCUCCGCGAGGGCUGCAGCCAAUGAGGCUCUUGUCUACCUGCAGCCUCUUGCUGCCCAGAGCUGCCCAGGCCCUGUGGGCUGAGGCCGGCCUCUCUCACAGCCGUUCUUUUAUGGGCUUCGCUGCCCCAUUCACCAACAAGCGCAAGGCCUACUCCGAACGCAGGAUUAUGGGGUACUCAAUGCAGGAGAUGUUUGAGGUGGUAUCCAAUGUCCAGGAGUACAAGGAGUUUGUGCCUUGGUGUAAGAAGUCCUUAGUAGUGUCCAGCAGAAAAGGUCACCUGAAGGCCCAGUUGGAGGUUGGCUUCCCACCUGUUGUGGAACGUUACACCUCAGCUGUCUCCAUGGUCAAACCUCAUAUGGUCAAGGCUGUCUGCACCGAUGGCAAACUCUUCAAUCAUUUGGAGACAAUCUGGCGAUUCAGCCCUGGGCUUCCUGCCUACUCCCGCACUUGCACGGUGGACUUUUCGAUUUCCUUUGAGUUUCGAUCACUGCUACACUCUCAGCUGGCCACCAUGUUCUUCGAUGAGGUUGUCAAACAGAACGUUGCUGCCUUUGAGCGCCGAGCUGCCACCAAGUUUGGUCCAGAGACAGCCAUCCCUCGUGAACUCAUGUUCCAUGAGGUGCACCAUACAUGAGACCAGCCCCAACGCUGAUUUGGUUUGACCCAUGUGCCACCCUCUGGGGCAAGUCUUGUUUAUGUCUGCCUCCCUGCCCUAAUGGUUCUGGCUCUCCAGGGAGAGAGAACUCGGGAAUCUGGGGUGAGCUUCUCCAUCAGGAGAGGCAGAGGGUAAGGGAAAUCCCUAAAAGUUGGCUAAUCUGUCUCCUUCUGGGAAAUGGAGUCAGAAUGGCUGGAAUUUUAUAUCUUCAAUUGUGUCUUGUGAGCUAGGGCUCCUUCCUGUCUAACUUAAUGGUUGCCUCAGUGUCUCUAGAAGGGUAAAGCAAUCCCAGGUCUCUCUUAUUAAGGAGCUAAAGGAACAGGGGCAGUCCAUAGUGUCUUGAGAAGAAAAGAAGCCUUUUGAGGAAAAAGUAACUUCCAGUUUGGAAUCCAAGCAUCUGAGGUACUAUCUGAAGGCUGCUUUCCCAAAAGGGAAUUCCCCUGCUUAUAUAUGUGUGUGUGUGUGUGUGUGUG